GAGACAAUUAUUUAACCAGAUCCUUAUUAUCUCCAAAUAUUUUAUUUGGGGGUAUACCUGGGUUCCCUGGGCCGGUGGGAAUUCCCCUUUUCAAUGGUCCAAGUAUAAAACCAGCAAUGUAUAUCACAACAUAGUAAUGUCCUCUCGCAAGAACCCCUGAAUUCCAGCGUUACCUUCAGGAGACAACGUAGUCUUGUCGCGUCCAACCCGUUAUGUAGUUCAAAACGACUACAAAAAUAUAUUAAAAAGUGUCUUCAAACUACUAAAACCUAUUUAAAGCAACUUAAUAAGUUUUAAGUUUAAAAUAUGGAGUAUAUACCCAAAUACAAAAAGCGAGUUAAAAUUACGUUCAGAGCUUCAAAAAUUUGAAAUUAGUCGAGUAGAAAAAAAAAUUAAGUGCCUUGAAAGAAAAAAAGUUAAAAAAUUAAAAGUUCAAUAUAAUUACUACAUUCUUUUAUUUAAAUAAAUAAUAAUUGUCUGAAAAAUUCGUUUUUAAUUUUGAAAUAUUGAAAAGCGUAUUAAUGCAGGUAGUAAAUAAAGUUUAAUCCAUUUAUUUAGUAAAAAAAAAAAACAAAAAUAACAGCGCAACUUGUCGAGAUCUAAGUUUUAAAUUAAAGUGCUAGUGAUUUUUUAGUUUUCUUGUACUUACCUAAAGCUUAAAGAAUUAUUAUUUUUUGUAAAAAAAAUAGUUAAAAACAACCAGGUGUGCCUUCAAAGUAACAUAAUAUUUUGUACCUAUAUAAAAUUAAUAUAAAUUGAAGUAUUUUUUAAAUUGGUGUAUUUAAAAAAAAAAUUCAAAAAUAAAAGAAGUACCUAACUAUUUUUAAAUCUUUAUAUAUUUUAACAAAAAAAUAAUGUAUACGAAAUUAAAAUAUAGCAAAACCUAUUAUAAUUAAACCUAAUAAAAAAGUCACUAAAGUAAAACAAAAAAAAAUACGCAAAAAUACCACUACCCUACUAUGUGAUAAAAAAAAAAGAAAAAAGAAAAAACAAAAUGGCGAACAUUGGGAAAAUAUUGGCAACUAUAAAAGCAGUUAUAACUAGAUUAGUGUUUGCUUGUCACGGUAUUAUAGCAAUAUGGCAAGUCACAGUUUUUAAAAAUAACAACGAAUUCUGGUAUCUCGCUUCGCCGAUUCUUUUGUUGGUGUUCGAAGGAGUUUUCACUUUGACCAUCAAGGAAAACCAGGAGUGGAAAUGGUUCUGUCCAUCCGUCUUCAUCUACUUGGGGCUGGUGGUGCCAGCGAUUUGGUUGCUGGAACUGCACAAGGUGGACAUGCGACUGCAGAAGAAGGGAAACAUCACGCAGAUAGAGCCUGAAAUAUCAAUACCGGGAGCUACGAAGAUCCCCACUGACAUGUGGGUCACGCUGAUCGAACAGUUCCUGAUGCUGACCCUCAUCGUGGGGCGCUGGUUGCUGCCCAAGGGUGACCUCACCAGGGACCAGCUCAGUCAGCUGCUGCUUGUGUAUAUUGGUACAGCAGCUGACAUAAUCGAGUUCUUCGACUCGUUCAAAGACGAGAAGGUGGCGACUGAGAAGGUGCUGGUGCUGCUGACGCUGGCGAUCUGGUCGUGGUCGCUGAUGCAGUUCACCGUGGUGCUCACCGCCACCAAGUCCAGGAAGUGCAGGGGCACCGCUAAUAGGUCUGACAUGUACGUACGCGCACGCUUGCACUGGCACGACGAGAAGGUGGCCACUGAGAAGGUGCUGGUGCUGCUCACGCUGGCGAUCUGGUCGUGGUCGCUGAUGCAGUUCACCGUGGUGCUCACCGCCACCAAGUCCAGGAAGUGCAGGGGCACCGCUAAUAGGUCUGACAUGCACUCAAGCCGCGCGUGCUGCUGCUCCAUCGAAGUAUGUGCUAUUAUCAUGAACAUCGCUCUACAGGAUGCUCCGUUCCUGGUCUUCCGUCUGCUCAUCAUAGCGCACUACAAGAUCAUCAACUAUAUGAACAUAUUCUUCACUUGCAAGAACACCCUGGUAAUACUACUCCAAAUAUAUCGUCUUUAUGUGCUACACCUAGAGAGGGUAGACGAAGGGAAUAGUGGAGAUUCCGUAUACAGAAAAAGACGCAAAAACAAGCCCACGGAGAAGAAGAGAGACAGAGAGGAGAGAGACAAAAAACGCAGAUUCUAG